UGGCUGGUAGAACUGUCGGUUGACCAUCGUUUUGUGUAUUGUACAUUGCAAUAGACGCCAAGUCUCUAACUGCGACCAUUCUGCACUUUAACCCAUGGUAGCAUUACCGCUUGCUGUCACUCAAACCCUUGUUAUAGGCACCGCCGUUUGGAGCUCGGUGGCCGCAGCAGAUUCCGCCUGUCCCCACGUCCAUGAUCCACAUAGUCGCUUGGCGUCGUCACUCUUGGCCUACACUGGCAUGGACACCCAAGACGUUCUGCACGGAAUUGCCUUGCCAACAUCCUUGUCCACAUGCGUCGGGUCCCUCGACGCCGCAACUCUCAUGCAGGCGGGGUCUGUCAUCUUGGAGACUCCGACCUGUUUCCGCGCCCUGGAUUGGCUGACCACGUUGUCACAGCUUACACCGUCGGCGGCGGGUCUACUGACGCCAUCGUUUUUCGAUUCGUUGGUGUCCAAGGACAUUGCUUACUUUGACGCCUUGUGUGCACCUAUGCGCGACGUCCUGCCGUGCCUCCGCGGAGCACUCCUGCCUAUCCUCAUGCCCGUCUUGGCCUCUCAACCAUGCUGCGCCGCGCUACUGGACGACUCCGCCGCUCAAUUUGGAGUGUCCUUUGACACGUUCGUUGUCGAUGCUAUCAACCACGUGGCGGAUGUGGUGUGCUCGACGCAAACUCCUGGGUUUAACGACACAUAUCAGCCGUGCGGGUACACGCUGCUGGCGUCGGUGGUAGCCACGUCAUCCAACCGGUUGCAGCAGUUAGUUUGGACGGUGCUCGAUGCGCUACAACUGCCCAACGACCAAGGGGCCUUGGCUGCAACCGGUGCGCCUAUCACGACCACGAGAAAUACAUCGACAACGCUGUUCAUGGCACCCAUGUUGCCGGAUGCAUGCGCGAUUCCACUCGACAUUUUCUUGGGCUGGGUAAGGCUGCUGCCCAUUGUAACAUCCACGCCAGUCAGCGCAGACUUGACGUUGUCGGCACUGUUUGAAGACGAUCAGUGUGUUCCUGGAGGUCAGCUCUUGCAAGCGUUAGUCCAAACGUUUCCAAAGGCCAUCAGCGACGACCUGUACUCCAUCGUCGGCGCAUGGAUCACCGACGACACCACGUGCUUUCAUUUAGCCAACGGUUACACCACAGGUAUCGAUCGAUUUCAAACCACUGUGGACACCUUCUCCCAAACCCUCGACAACGACAACCGGUAGCGAUGGUGCCGCCUGCCUCAUGGCAUCCAGGAUGUGUUUGACUGUCGAUAGAAUUAAGCCAAUCCAAAGCAACUCUAGGAUCGAUUUUAUCCAAUCCGUUCUCGCU